GGGAGCGCGAGCCCGACCCUGGGGUUUGGGGAGCAGGGGCAUAGAAAGCAAAGGCGGAGUUAGGCUACAUCUUAGUUCCUCUCUGCAUUUUCGCUUGCUCUGAGGAGUGCAGAUUCGCGACCUUCAACACAGGUUGCUGAGGAAAGAGCUGAAGUUAUUCUGAUGCUGUUGCUUUUCUAAGUUUCUUUGGUGAGGUCCCUAUUCCACCAUCUUAAUGUCUUCUAGGAUGCUGUGCCGUGGGUUAUCACACCUACAAAGCAGGUUCCAGAAUUUGCUAAAGAGAGGAGUCAUAUGUCAAGUUCUUCAAAUGUCUAACUUUAAAAGCUUAUUUCCAUUAGCCAUCCAUUGGCACCAUACAGCAUCCAAGUCUAUGAAUUGUGCUUGGCAUCAGCAUGAAGAUCAUUUUGAACUGCAAUGUGCUAACACUGUGAUGCGCUUUGGUUAUGUUUGGCUUCGAGACCACUGCCGUUCAGCUUCAUGCUAUAACUCUAAGACUCAUCAACGGAGCCUAGACACAGCCAGUGUGGAUUUAUACAUCAAGCCAAAGUCCAUUCGCUUGGAUGAGACCACAUUCUUUUUCACUUGGCCAGAUGGUCAUGUGACUAGAUAUGAUUUGGACUGGCUGAUGAAAAAUAGCUAUGAAAGUCAGAAACAAAAAGUUAUCCAGCCUAGAAUAUUAUGGAAUGCUAAAAUCUACCAGCAAGCCCAAGUUCCAUCUGCAGAUUUCCAGCAUUUCUUAGAAACCAAUGAGGGGCUGAAGAAGUUUCUACAAAACUUUCUGCUCUAUGGAAUUGCAUUUGUAGAAAAUGUCCCUCCCACUCAAGAGCACACAGAGAAAUUGGCAGAAAGGAUCAGCUUAAUCAGAGAAACCAUAUAUGGAAGAAUGUGGUAUUUUACUUCAGAUUUUUCCAGAGGUGACACUGCAUAUACCAAGCUAGCACUGGAUCGACACACUGACACUACCUAUUUCCAAGAGCCCUGUGGCAUCCAGGUGUUUCACUGUCUUAAGCAUGAAGGAACAGGUGGUAGGACACUAUUAGUGGAUGGAUUCUAUGCAGCACAACAGGUACUUCAAAAGGCACCUGAGGAAUUUGAACUCCUCAGCAAAGUUCCAUUGAAGCAUGAAUAUAUUGAAAAUGUUGGAGAAUGUCACAACCACAUGAUUGGGGUUGGGCCAGUCUUAAAUAUCUACCCAUGGAAUAAAGAGCUGUAUUUGAUCAGGUACAACAACUAUGACCGGGCUGUCAUCAAUACUGUGCCUUAUGAUAUUGUCCAUCGUUGGUAUACAGCACACCGGACCCUAACAACUGAAUUGAGAAAACCUGAGAAUGAGCUCUGGGUCAAACUAAAGCCUGGAAAGGUCCUAUUUAUAGACAACUGGCGAGUCCUACAUGGCAGGGAAGCAUUCACUGGCUACCGCCAACUCUGUGGCUGUUAUUUAACAAGGGAUGAUAUAUUAAACACUGCUCGACUCUUGGGGCUUCAGGCUUAAAAUUUAUAGCAUUUUGAUUAUGAAUACACCUAGCACCUUGUCAACCAGAAUUUCAUAUCAACAGAAUAAUAUUGUAUCAAAAUGUAUUUCAUAUUGUCUAUUUCACCUGUCCCCCUUUCUCUAGUAGGAUAAAUCUAUUACAGAAAGUGGCAUCUGAAUUCCCUAAUGUCAACCAUCCAAUAGGGUAUUUGGCAUUCUAAGUUGUAAUAUGAACUCACUCUUUUUUCUAAAUCUUUUGAUAUAAUUGUGGUCACUCUUCCUAAAACUAUUAUAUCCAUCUUGAAUGGAAACAAAUAAUACUAAAUAAUUUUUAACUAAAUCCAUUAGAAUUAAAUGCAUUCUAGAUAUAAUAAAAUAUUGAUAAAGCAACAUUGGUCUUUUAUAAGUCACAUGAGAGGAAAUAUGUGAUUACCUGUAUUUCUGUCUAAUUGUAUCAUAUAAUGUAAUGCCCUGCAGUUCCAUUCAUAUAUCAGCAAACAAUAGGAUAGAUGGGAUAUUAAUUUCCUGAGUAGUAGUUCAUUGUGCAUAUGUACCAUAUUUUAACUAUUGAUCCAUUGAUAGGAAACUAGGAUGAUGCCAUAUCUGAGCUACUAUGAAUAAUACAGCAAUAAACAUGAAAAUACAGGUA